AUGGCCAGUGCCAUUGCCUGUUUGGCUGGACCCUGUUCCCCUCCUCCAGCCCCAUCUGCGCUAGGCUGUAACUCAGGAUCGUUUGUGGCUGGCACACUGGAGGUGGUCAGGCUCAAGCAGCCCCAGGCUGAUGCGGUUCUGGGCUCAAUGAAGACCCGGCGCCUGCCUGGGCCCCCGGGCCCGCUGCAGUUUGAGCCGCAGGGUCCCCGCUACAGCGUCAGGAACAACCACAUCACCUUCCAGGGCUGGAGCAUCGCCUUCGGCAUGAACCCCAACACUGGCCCGCGCCUCUUCGACAUCAGGUACCGCGGGGAGAGGAUUGUCUAUGAGCUGAGCCUGCAGGAAGCCUUAGCCCUGUACGGCUCCAACUGCCCGGGGGGAAUGUCCACCCGCUACCUGGAUGGCAGCUUUGGCAUCGGCAGGUUUGCCUACGAGCUGGUGCGGGGCCUGGACUGCCCCUACACAGCGACCUACGUGGACCGGCACUACCUGGCAGAGACGGAUACUCCCAAAACCAACCAAAACUCCCUCUGCAUUUUUGAGCACGACUCUGCCCUCCCUCUGAGGCGCCACUUCUCCGACUCACAGUCCUUCUACUACGGUGGGCUGAGGAAAAACACGCUGGUCAUCCGCAGCAUCUCCACGCUCAUCAACUAUGACUACAUCUGGGACUUCAUGUUCCAUGCCAGCGGGGCCGUGGAGGUCCGGGUGCACGCCACUGGCUACAUCAGCUCCUCCUUCUUCCAUGGCCGAGGCACCGACUAUGGCAACAAGGUUGGGCCCCACACGCUGGGAACGAUGCACCUCCACCACAUCCACUACAAGGUGGACCUGGAUGUUGACGGGCAGCUGAACUCUGUGGAGACCCAGGAUAUGGAGUACGAGUUUGUCAGAGAUCCCUGGAGCACACAGAGCACCAUUGAGCGGCCAUACCUCCGCAGGGAAAGGCUGCAGAGGGAGGAUGAGGCAGCAUUCCCACUCCAUGUCCCCAUGCCCCGCUACCUGUCCUUUGUCAGCCCCAAUCCCAACAAGUGGGAACACCCACGCAGCUACAGGAUCCAGAUCAUCAGCUUUGCUGGGAAGCACCUGCCCACCAACAGCUCCAUGGAACGCUCUGUCAGCUGGGGCAGGUACCAGCUGGCUGUCACCCGGAGGAAGGAGGAGGAGCCCACCAGCACCAGCAUCUACAACCAGAACGACCCCUGGACACCCACUGUGGCCUUUGCUGACUUCAUCAACAACGAGACCAUCACCAACCAGGACUUGGUUGCCUGGAUCACUGUGGGGUUCCUGCACAUCCCUCAUGCUGAAGACAUCCCCAACACAGUGACAGUGGGGAAUGGUGUUGGCUUUUUCCUGAGGCCCUACAACUACUUCAACGAGGACCCCUCAGUGGAUUCACCUGACAGUGUCUACUUCAGCAGUGAGCAGGAUGUUGGGGCAUGUGGGGACAAUCCCCUUGCCUGCCUGUCCCCUGCUGCCACCUGUGCCCCCCGCCUGCCCCCCUUCCACUUUGGGGGCUUCCUCAACCUCAGCCUGGCACCGCCUCUUGGCGGGCCCUGAUGGGCCAGGGGCUGCUGCUGCCUCUCGGGUGGGUGCUCAGAGGGUCUCUGUCCCACAGCAGGACCUGCCCUCCCCCUGCCCAGGGUGUCCUGUGCUCAGGGUCAGGUUUUGGGAGAAGCUCAGCUCUUGUUUCAGCACUGCCAGAGGAGGACCCAAAGCCUCUGAAAAGCAGCUCCUGGAAGUGAUUUUUUUGUUUCACCCUGGAUGUCACCCUGUGUACUGUGGGGUGCCCACAGCCGCUCCCCUCCUCCGGGAUGGGCUUCCACCACCCCCCAUCACUGCUGCACACAGGGGCACAGUGCUGGCCACAGCACAAAGCUGCAGCUGCCCUCGGAGCUGUGGUCCAGCUGAGGUUUUGCCCACAGUGGCAGGAGUGAGUGGUGUGGUGCUGCUGUGGAACUGCCACAGGAUGCCCAAAUCUCCUCCCCAGCCACACAGCCAUUGCAGCAUCGAGGGCCAGCAGGGCCAGCUCUGCAGAGGGAGGUGCUGCCCUGGGCUCACUGGGAGGCUGCUGGAGGAACCCAUGGCUACAGGAGCCCAUGGCUGGGCCUCUGGAUGGGCACUGCCCGGGCUGGCUGCCCCGUGUGUGCCCUUCCCAAUAAACAAGCACUCGAGUGCUUCUCCUGAACAAAC